GACGGACUAUAAAAGCUGCAGGAUCUGGUUCUGCUGCAGACGGACUCUAAAAGCUGCAGGAUCUGGUUCUGGUGCAGACGGACUAUAAAAGCUGCAGGAUCUGGUUCUGCUGCAGACGGACUAUAAAAGCCUGCAGGAUCUGGUUCUGGUGCAGACGGACUAUAAAAGCUGCAGGAUCUGGUUCUGGUGCAGACGGACUAUAAAAGCUGCAGGAUCUGGUUCUGCUGCAGACGGACUAUAAAAGCCUGCAGGAUCUGGUUCUGGUGCAGACGGACUAUAAAAGCUGCAGGAUCUGGUUCUGCUGCAGACGGACCGAGACUCAGCAUGGCCCAGAAGACGGCUCUGAUCGUUUACGCCCACCAGAGUCCGGGCUCCUUCAACGCCGCCGCCAGAGACGUGGCGGUGGAGGAACUGACCUCCCAGGGGUUCAAGGUCACUGUGUCCGACCUCUACGCCAUGAACUUCAGGUCCAGCACCACGAGGGACGACGUCAUCGGAGAGCUGAAGAACCCCGACCUGUUCCAGUACGGGGAGGAAACCAUGCUCGCCUGGAUGGAGAGUCGGCUCAGCGACGACAUCGUGGCCGAGCAGAAGAAGGUGGAGGAAGCCGAGCUCGUCAUCUUCCAGUUCCCCCUCUACUGGUUCAGCGUUCCUGCCAUCCUGAAGGGCUGGAUGGACCGAGUUCUGACCCAAGGAUUCGCCUUCUCCCUCCAGAAGAUGUACAACCACGGAGUGUUCAAGGAUAAAAAGGCUGUAUUAUCUUUCACCACCGGAGCAACUUCCUCCAUGUUCCAGCCUGACGGCAUCAACGGAGACAUCAACGUGGCUCUGUGGCCCCUGCAGAACGGGACUCUCCACUUCUGCGGGUUCCGGGUUCUGGCUCCUCAGAUCUUCUGGGGUCCGGCUCACUGUCCGGCCGGCGUGCGGACCGCCAUGCUAGCGGGGUGGCGGUCGCGCCUGAAGGGGCUGCUAGCGGAGCCGCCGUUGACCUUUGCCCCCUGCGAGCUGUUCGACCUGAGCUUCCAGGGCGGGUUCCUGCUCCGGCCCGAGGUGAAGGAGGAGCUGGCGCCGCAGCGCUACGGCAUCACCACCGGACACCACCUGGGGAAGCCGCUGCCGCCGGACAACCAGACCAAGGCACCGCCCACCGACAACUAGAGGCUCCGCCCCCCGAAAACUAGAGACCCCGCCCCCGACAACCAGACCCAGGCUACGCUAGACUAGAAUAGCACAAGGCUCCGCUCUCCGACUAGCUCAGGGGUCUCUGGGCUAGUCCAGAGACACCUGGGCUAGUCCAGGGGUCGGCAACCGAACAUGUUUUAGAUCCAUAUUGGACCAAAAAAAACAAAUAUGUCUGGAGCCACAAAAAAUGUAAAGUCUUGUAUCAGAAUUAGAAUGAAGGAACACAUGCUGCAUGUUUCUAUAUUAGUUAUAUUAGUUACUAUCAACAUGACUGAGUUGGCUACAAAUACACUAGAGUUCACAUUCCUGCAUAAAAGUCUGAUCCCUGCACUAGAAUAACAACCUUCACUUAUCAGUUCAUAUCUGUGUAUAUCAUUUGUGGGACUUUAUAUGUUUAAUAUUUACAUUUUAAAUAAAACUACACAGCUGGAAAAGAUCAGAUAUUCAGUGAAAGGAAACUGUAACAAAUGUUAUAAUAAGUGUCUUCUCUUUCUUACGUUCUUCUUCUCUUUCCAGUCCCUGAUUGACGGAUCCUCCUCCCUCUCUUUUCUCUCUUUCUUCCUCCUUUUAUAUAUAUUUUAUAUAUUUAUUCACUGUUCCUUUGUUUUUGGGGUUUUUUUGUUUUGCUUUGGUUUUUUUCCCGUCUUUAUUCAUCUAUUUUUUAAUUUAUACUGUGUAGCUUUAAUACUUAAAUAUUACGUAAAAUAAUUUUCAGUUAUUUAUCAAUAUUUUCGUUGAAUUGUCUAAUGUUCUGUUCUUAAAUAAAAAAAGACUGUAUAUCUUCUUUUUUUAUUCCUGUUCUACUGUGCCUAACCCCCUAAUAAAAAUAUUAAAACAAAAAUAA